ACAGCUUUCCCCAGACAAGGCAGCAGACCACAGUUUUUCGGUUUCUCACAGGCUUUAAUUGUUAGCUUCCCAGGCCAGGAUGAAGUCACUCCACUUUUGCUUCCUCUUCUGUUGCUGGAAAGCAAUCUGCUGCAAUAGCUGUGAGCUGACCAACAUCACCAUCACGGUGGAGAAAGAGGAAUGCGGCUUCUGCAUAAGCAUAAACACCACGUGGUGUGCGGGCUACUGCUAUACCCGGGAUCUGGUGUACAAGGACCCAGCCAGGCCCAACAUUCAGAAAACAUGCACUUUCAAGGAGCUGGUGUACGAGACGGUGAAGGUGCCCGGCUGUGCUCACCAUGCAGACUCCCUGUAUACGUACCCAGUAGCCACUGAAUGUCACUGUGGCAAGUGUGACAGUGACAGCACUGACUGCACCGUGCGAGGCCUGGGGCCCAGCUACUGCUCCUUCAGUGAAAUGAAAGAAUAAAGUACAGUGGAUAUUUUGAGUUGCCCACCCUUGUCCUGAAGGACCAAGAUAUCCAAGAAGUCUGUGUGUGUACAAUGUACCCAGGCUGCAGACCACCGUGGGAGACCCCACUGACCCCUGUCCUCCGGCAGAGGGGGAGCUCCAGGAACGGAGAGUGCUGGGGCCUGGGGCCUGUCACUACUCAACCCUGUGUUCUAGGUCUGGUUCCAUAAGUUUUAUUCAGUCUUACUUAACUCACAGACACGUGGGUGC